CGUUCGCGUCAGUUCCGGAUCGAAACUCAACACGAAAAGAAGCAAUGGAUUAGUGUUUGCGCGCUGUCUCGAAUAAACUUAUGCAUUUAAAGCUAGAAUAAAGUACAAAAAUAAAGUAUUUAACGGACUCAAUUGUGAUAGCUGGCUUUGUAAUUGUUGCCAACGACAACAGAACGAAAACGAUAACAGAGAACGUGUGAUUGUCUAAUUGUGACAUCGUUGUGUUUUUCCGUUCAUUUUGUUCACGGAAAAUCAAUAGUGACUGUGAAAGCGCAUUAUUGUACGAUUUCCAUAUCGUCGAAGCACAGCGCAGAGGAAAUUUCCAGAGGAAACUUGAGUUUUUCAAGAAAAAGAGAAAAGCCGUCAAGUUUCGAGCAGUCGGUGAAGAAGCAUUUAAGGAUCUACAAUUCAGUGGAGAUAAGAACAACCAGAAGGCAAAAUGGCAAAUGUGGUAACCAAUCCCCGGUACACUUACAGACCCGCAGUCCUCGACCUAACAGCGGCGGUAGCCGAUCAAGUGGACAACAAUACGAACGCGACGCAGCUGUUUAAGAACAACAUCUACAAUAUCAUGAACCUAUCCUCGCUAAACAGCGAGGAGGCGCGCUUAAAGACCUUCAUUAACUGGCCGCUGGAGUGGCUGGACAAACGCCAAUUGGCCCAGACGGGCAUGUUCUACACAAACGUCAACGACAAGGUUAAAUGUUAUUUCUGCGGCGUGGAGAUCGGGUGCUGGGAGCGGGAGGAUCAGCCGGUGCCGGAGCAUCAGAGAUGGUCGCCCAACUGCCCGCUGCUGCGCCGACGCACCACCAACAAUGUGCCGUUAAACGGCGAGGCACUGGAUCGCGUCCUGCCGCCGAUCAGCUACGAUAUCUGCGGUGCCAACGACUCAACGACGGCGGUGGAGCUGCGGGAGCAUGCCUACGCCGAGGGACGCAUCCCCACGUCACACCUGAUCCAGUCGAUAGGCGUGAAUACGGCGAAUGCGGCAGCCACUGUCGCCGGAAUCGCAACCCCGCCGCCGAUGAGCUCGAUCGCCACCCAGGCGUCGACGGCCACCCAGGCCAAUGGCGAUGUCCAGCCGGAGUCGUGCCGCGCCCCAGCCGCCAGUGGCAAUUAUUUUCCCGAGUAUCCCGAGUACGCCGUGGAGUCGUCACGCCUGCGCACCUUCGAGGCGUGGCCGCGGAACCUAAAACAGAAGCCCCACCAACUAGCCGAGGCGGGUUUCUUCUACACGGGCGUUGGAGAUCGCGUCCGCUGCUUCAGUUGCGGCGGUGGUCUCAAGGACUGGGACGACAACGACGAGCCCUGGGAGCAGCACGCCCUGUGGCUCAGCCAGUGCCGUUUCGUCAAGCUGAUGAAGGGCCAGCUCUACAUCGACACGGUGGCCGCCAAACCGGAGCCAGCCGACGAGAAGGAGGAGAGUUCAACAAUAAGGUCCGAGUCGGCCAGCAGCCAAUCGGUGACCAGCAGCUCACCAGCAUCGGACGAGGCUUCGGAGGCGGCCAGUUCGGGGGAUGUGGUGCCCUCCUCGGUGGCCGGCACGGCCACGGCAGCCACCCGCAUCUUCGACAAGAUUCAGGAGGCGACAUCGACAGCAGCAGGGUCACUGUGUGCCAGCAACAGCGGCUCAUCCUCCUCCAUACCCGAGGAGAAGCUGUGCAAGAUCUGCUACGGCGCCGAGUACAACACGGCAUUCCUGCCCUGCGGCCAUGUGGUGGCCUGCGCCAAGUGCGCCUCCUCCGUGACCAAGUGUCCGCUGUGCCGGAAACCCUUCACCGAUGUGAUGCGUGUAUAUUUUUCUUAAGAUACCUAGCCCUCAAAUUCAAA